CCCGCCGAAGCAGUGCCGGGGCAGCUCCCGGCACCGAACCGAGCCGGGCCGAGCCCAGCUGAGCCGGGCUGAGCCGGGCAGGGUAGAGAGCGGGGAUGUAAGGGCAGGGAGCGGGGCCGUGCGGGGAUGUAAGGGUAGGGAGCGGGGCCGUGCGGGGAUGUAGAGCUCAGCACCGCGGAGAGCGGCGGAGCUAGAGCCCGGGAGGACCAUGGCCAGCGUGCAGCAAGGCGAGAAGCAGCUCUUCGAGAAGUUCUGGAGAGGCACUUUCAAAGCCGUGGCCACGCCGCGACCCGAGAGCAUCAUCGUGGCCAGCAUCACGGCCCGCAAGCCGCUGCCCAGCGGGACGCUCAGCUGCCUGCCGCACCCUGCGGAGGACAGGCGAACGGAGAAGCUGAGCGGCAGAGCGGCCAAGGAGGCCUCCACCACCAACGGCUGUGCCAAAGGGAAGGAGAGACGGGACCAUGGUCACCGCAGGUCACGCAGCCCUUCGUGUGAUGGGCAGCGUGCGCUGCUGCCAGCCCGCGGGAAGAAGAAGAAGAAGAAGUCUGGCCGCAAGAAGCGAAGGAGGUCUCCCUCCUACAGCCCCUCACCUGUGAAGAAGAAGAAGAAGAAAAGCUCCAAGAAGCGAAAAAGAAACAGGUUAUCCUCAAAGAAGAGAAGACACAGCUCUUCAAGCCCCAAAAGUAAGAGAAAGGAAGAAAGAAAACACAAAAAACACUCUCGUGGGCGCGCCCGGAAAGCUCAUCGCCAUCGGCACCGCCACUGCCACUCUCGCUCCGAGAGCUCCGACUCCCGCUCCCCCAGCUGCCGAAGCAGGCACAGAGCCAGGUCUCGGGAGGAAGGGCGUAAAACGCGGCGAAGACGCUCCCGUCACCGCCCGAAGAUCGCGGCCAAGCGAAGUUCCUCCGCAGAGGUUCAGGCCAGCCAAAAAGCCAGCCAAAGCCUCCCACUCUACAGCUUCCUGUCUCCUAAGGAAGUAAUCUCUCAGUCAGGGUCUUCUGCUGACCUCUUUACCAAAACAGACAGCUCGCCUGGCAACCUAGCCAGCCAGAAUGGAGAGUAUCAUGAAUAUGACUCAGGAAACGAUACUUCCUCCCCUCCCUCCACUCAAACGAGCUCAUCCAGGUCAAAGGACAGCCAGGAGAAAAGAAGUCUAGUCCAUGGUGGUUUUGGCCAUGCCUUCUCGUCCGGGAAGCCCAAACUGGCCAACAGCGAUAACAGCUCUGAUUCAGGAAAUUCCUUCACCAGUUGCUUUUCCCAGACCAAGGGAAGAGCUUUGGAAAAUCUGUCUCCAGAUGCCCAGGGACAAGACCAAAGAGGGUGCCUGUCCUUGUGUCUCAGCUGCUCCGAGGAGAAAAAGCCAAACUCCCUCCCGUCCCCAACCUGCAGCUCCCCGCUGAGGCCAUGCUCCCGCAGCAGCUCCUGCACCAGCACGGGCAGGUCCUCCCCUGGCUCCAGCUGCUCCAGCCGCUCCCGCUCCUCUCGCCGCAAGCCCUCUCCCAGGUACUCCCGAAGCAGGUCCUGCUCUUCAGGAAAGAGGUCUUCUUCACGUUCCCCCAGCUAUUCCUCCAAAUCCUCCAAAAAAAGUCCUGGGAGCAGGAGCUCACGGCCUCGUCGGAGCCCUAGCUACUCCCGCUACAGCCCAAGCAGGGACCGCGAGCGAGAGCACAAGUACAGCUCCAGCGAGAAGGAGUCCCACCGGGAGCGGCGGCGGCGCCGCAGGUCCUACUCUCCCUUGAGGAAGCGCAGGAGAGACUCUCCCAGCCACCUCGAAGCUCGGCGCAUCACAAGUGCCCGCAAACGUCCCAUCCCCUACUACCGCCCCAGCCCCUCCUCCAGCAGCGCCAGCAGCUACUCCUCCUGGUCCAGCAGCUUCAGCCGCUCCCCGAGCCGCAGCCGGAGCUACUCCAGCUACCGAACAAGCCGGAGCCGGAGCUGGAGCAGCAGCAGCACCGAGGGCAGGAGCCGCAGCCGCAGUUCGGGCCCCAGGAGCAGCCGCAGCAGGAGCAGGAGCUACGACUCAGGAGGCAGCUCCGACAGCCUUCGUCGCUAGGGAGUGCCACCGACGACCACCUCCAAAUUCCUGGCGUUCUCUGCUUCCCUCCUACCUACCUGGCCAUCGAUAGCAAUCAUCCUCGAUACUGAUGCGGUGGCUGUGCCGGGUCCCCCUCCCCCAGUUUGGAGUAAGAGCCCUCGUAUGCCCAGUGCAGCCAACUGGCAGAGCAGGUGGAUCAGUCCCAGCUCCCCAGGUCAGAGCUGGAAGAAGGGUCGGUGCUUUACAGAGGAUCUGUCAGGACAGACCUGCUCCAUCCUCCCUGACAUCCCUGUCUCCCCAUCGCUGCUGCUCUCCAAAGCAUUGCCAGCAGGUCCAAAGGAAAGAAUUCAGCUCCCUGUCCUUCUGCCAAACCAGAAGCCAGCGAAUUUAUUUCUGUUGGAGGAAGGAAUUUGCUGUGAAGCUUUGAUGAGAGGGGCUGACCUGUCCCCAUCAAGGCAAAUAUCAAGUCCAUUGGGACUCUCCUCCAGAAUUACUGCCCACUCUGCAGCAGGCCUCUUCCAUGAGGCAAUAUUUAUUUAUUGCUGCUCAGCCAGCCCCUGCUAUAAAUAGGAGGCUAGAAAUCCCUCCUGACGUAAUUCCUGGGGGGGAAAAUGGCCAUUCCCACUCUUUCUCCCAUCCUUUCCUAGCAGGCAUGCAGCAUCUCUCACAGGCUGGUUUCAUGCCCUCCUCAGCUUGCAAACAAACUGCUGAGGGCUGAAGCAGUGGUGGGGCUGGUGGGGUGCGUGGGAGAGGGGAGCAGGUGAUGUGCUGUGCUGUGCUCCAAGAGACAGGCCAUGGUGUGGGAGAUGAGGCUGUUCUUGGAGGAAGUCCCUUGCAGUUGGGGUUUAGGUUUAUCUAAAGGGAGCCUUGCCCUUGAAGUGCAGUGCAGACUGUAAAGAGGUGUGGAGAUCGCCCAGCUGAGGUUCACAGGGCGUUGAACGAGCCAGGGCACUCCAACAACUUCUCCUCACAACAGGCAGUGAGUGGUUUUAAGCAGUGCCAGGAAGAUUUCAGCAUCUCCUUGAGACCUUCAGGCUCCUCUGAGGCAGGAUCAGCAGCCCCAUCGCAGGGGAGGGCAGAGCAGUGAAGGGGGACUCAGGGGGGCCCCCCACUAAUUGCCUGUUUUCUCGACGAGCCGCAGGCAGCAGCAGGAGGGCUCUGCCUGCCCGGGCAGCCCUGGGCCCUGGGGUUUUGUUUCCCUGCCAGCCCAGCUGCCUGCGCAACUGCUGUGUUUUGCAGGGUAACAAAGGCUUCUCCCAGCACAGGCUGAGCUGGUGCCGAGGAGUUUCUUUCUCUUACAACACCUGGGUGCUUAGAGACGCUAAUUUGGGCUUAAGACUUCCCACCCUCCCUUUUUCCAUCCCCUCCCCUUUCAUCCUGCAUGAUUAUUAACAACUUUGGGCUUAAUGAGUCAGGGGGGUGUGUCAUUUCGGUGUCACAGAGAAAGGCUGAGUGGAGGCAGCUUUUGUUGGAGGAGGAGAAAGAAUUGCAACCCCCUCCCCGGACAGGAAUUACCUACAGCCCCCCAGUCCCGCCGGCAGCAGGUGAAGGGCCAGGCAAGAGAAGGCCAGGUGGCAUGUGCUGUUCAGGGGUGGGGGGCUGGAUGGUCACCUUGGCAAGCACACAGACCCCUUAGCUGUGGGAAGGUAUUGCAGCAUGGGCUGUAUUUCCACCUGGACAGUACAAGGGGAAGUUUUAUGCCAGAGUCCUUACUUCCCAGUAUCUUUCCUAGUGCUCAUCCCCCUUGUCCUGUGCCUUCAACCCCAAAAGCUCAUCCUUUUCCCACUCAUUCUUCCCCUGCCUUGCUAUCUGCAGGUCAUGUGGGGAUGAGGAUGGCUGAGGCAGAGAGCUGGGCACUGGUACGGUCAGUGGCUCGGUGGGGACGUGCCUGUCUCUUGAGAGGCCACUUUCUAGGACACUGGAAAACAUUCCUGGUAGGGCUGAGCAAAUGCUUCAGGGCUGUGGCUGAGAGAUCAAAGAUGGAGUGUUCCUGCAGGAGGCUGCCGCUGCCUUCCCUCCUGCACUGGCCCUGGCAGUGGCCCCUGGGCGAUGGCAGUGAAUACCCUUCUUGUGAAGGGCUGAAAACCUCACACUUCUUCCCCAAAGAGUCUCUCCCAGUCUGACACUGAAACGCCCCUGAAAGGCAGGGAUGGGAGCCCAAAGCCCAGGUUUGAGCAGCCUCAUGCCCCUCAACACCCCCAAACGCACACAGACAUCUGUAGCAAGGAAGCAGAGAGCUGGGAGGCCAAACACUGGGCAAGAAAAGGUUUGAGCAGCUGGUGUAAACACCAAACUCCCCACUGACUCGAGUUCUUGGUGGCUGGGGACAGAUGAUCAAAAGCACUACACCAGGGUCAGCAGCACCCACCAGCCACGGGGCAGGAGAUGACUCCAAAGGUUGCCCGGGGCUGGUGGCAGCUCUCCCACCCAGCUACUCCACGCUUCAAGGACUGCCUCU